CAAAAGUCCAUUGAGUACGUAGGAACCAAUAAAUGUAAAUGGUGAGACAAGCGCAUAAGUGACCUAGACAUUUCAAUCAAGCGACUUCCAUCAUUCAAAUGAACAAUUUGAAUGAUCCUCCCAGAUGGAACAUCCAGCCCAAUCCUGGAGGGAGGGAUGGAGCUGCUGGUGACGGGAACCAGUGGAACUAUGCCCUGCUGGUCCCCAUGCUGGGACUGGCAGCUUUUCGUUGGAUCUGGACUCGGGAGUCUCAGUCGGAGAUCCAGAGGGUUAAAGCGCAGUACGACAAAGACGUGGCCACAGUAAAAAGCGACAUGGAGGCGCGCUACCGGGAUACGCUGACGGAGAGCUGCAGGGCCGUGGCCACGCUGGAGCUGGAGCUGGAGAAGGAGAGGCAGAGGGUCAAAGGCUACCAGCAGGCUCUGGUCUCCCACAGUCAGCAUCUCAUUCAGGAGCGGAAGCAGCUGGAGAAGGAGCGAGAGGCCUUAAACGAUGAGAAGCAGAGGAUGGUGAAGUCCGGCGCUGCGGCGGCGGCGCUGCACGACGCCCUGGAAGAAGAGAAUGGGUGGUACCGGCGGGCCACGGCCGCUCUGAAGGAGCUGGAUGGCCUGCUCGUGGAGCGACAGAAUGCUUACUGCUCCGUCAUCCAGCCUCGAGAGCAGCGUCUGGAGAUGGAGAAGAACAUGCUGCUGAAGGUGGUCAAGGAUCCCACCGUGGCGGCGCUGGACCUCGAGUCGGACCUGAAGGAUAUCUUUAAGAGAGACAAGCACUGUGCAGAUCUGCUGAACAUGGACAAAAGGAAGAACGGCAGCCUGAUGUGGGUUUACCUGCAGUACUGGCAGCUGCAGAUCACCUUGCAGAAACACAAAAGGGCUGAGGAAGCCUUAUCCAAAGGGAGAAUUAGUCACAAUAAGUGAUAUGAGAAGCAAUGAGAGGUGCUUUUGUUGUUGUUUUCUGUUUGUUUGUUUGUUUUAUGCCACUGUCUGUCUGGGAAUGGAACUGCUCGCUUUUUGCCGUCUGUGCAAUUCCCUUCACCCAACAGGAAUAUUAAUCACACACCUUAGAGGUCAUCUUAUCCAGCUUGUUGUUUGUGGUCUCAGAGUUGAACAUCAGGAACAUAAAAUAAUAUCAGAGGCUUUGGUAUGAUUCAGUAACUUUAAAUGUAACGUGUUUUAAGUUAACAUUGCACUAAGAUUCAUACAGAGCUGAUGUUUUGAUCCAAUAAAACAGUUUACCUCUUGAACCCUUACAGACGCACACAAUAACAUCAUUUUUUAUUAUUUGGUCUUAAAUAUAAAUUCAGGACAUUUAUAAAACUGCUAAUAUUCUGUCUCAUUUUGAGGAAAGCAGUUUAUGAAAUUAUUAAUGAAUUAAAUUACCAUCUAGAUUGAUCUAUUGACACUGUAUUAGGAUCCUUUUUCAUAUAAAUGUAUUUAAAAUUUUAUUUUGAUGGCAUAUGCGUUGAAUUCAUGAACUUUUCUGGGAGAUAUUUAUUUUACAUUUGUACCAAUGAGAUGUAGUUUCACUUCCAAAGUGUCUAAACUUUACAGAAGUUGCAUGUAAAAUGUGAUUAUUGAAACAAAAAUCAUAAUAAAAAUCAGGCUGUUUGGAUUAUUAAGAUUUUUA